AUGCGUCUCCUAAAUGUUGAUAGCCUCAAGCUUAAAUAUUUUGUUGGCGAGCCUGGUCAUGGCGUGCCCGGUUAUGCUAUUCUCUCCCACAUCUGGGGCGACGACGAGAUUUCCUUCCAAGAAAUGACCGAAAACGUAUACCCCUCGACGCCAGCUUCGCUGAAAGGGCUUCAGAAAAUCCUUGGCUUUUGCGACAAGGCGAAAUCUGACGGCCACAGUUGGGUAUGGAUCGAUACCUGUUGCAUCGACAAGUCUUCCAGCGCAGAGCUUUCCGAGGCCAUCAACUCCAUGUUCAACUGGUACAGAAACGCUGCGGCUUGCUACGCUUACUUGUUCGAUGUCACAAGCGACGAGGCCCCGGCAGGACCACAGUCUGCGUUCCGGUCAAGCAAGUGGUUUACGCGCGGUUGGACACUCCAGGAGUUGCUCGCACCUUUCGAGGUAGCAUUUCUCGCGAUGGACUGGCGUGAACUUGGUGCAAAGUCUGAUUUGGCCCCCAUCAUUACAGAAAUUACUCGAAUUGAUCAACAGGUACUGUCAACCUGUGUUUGGGAUGACGUUAGCAUAGCAGCCAUCAUGUCUUGGGCUGCAAACAGACGUACAACAAGGGUGGAGGAUGAGGCAUACUGUCUGAUGGGAUUAUUCAACGUGAAUAUGCCUCUCAUUUACGGCGAGGGACGAAACGCCUUUUAUAGGCUGCAAUUGGAAAUUAUCAAGUCUUCGGAUGAUCAGUCAAUUUUUGCCUAG